GCGAGAUGUUGGGCUCCCUGCGCUCCAUCGCUUCCUGGUACAACUGUCGAGCCGCCGGAAGCCGUUUCGGCUCGAGUGCGGGCGGCCCGACCUGGGCCUUCGCCGCAAAGCCAGAAGGUGGCCGCCGCAUGGAGCCAGGCGCCGGGCAGCGCGGCUGCGGGUGCGACGAGUGCGGGCGCAGGGAGGGCAUGCUGCAGGGCCUCGCGCUGCUGGCGAGCUUCGGCCCGCCGCCGCCGCUGCUGGUGGAGCUGCGUGAGGGCCUCGAGAGGCACCGCCGCCGAGCCGCGCUGGGCGCGGAGCUGCCAGGCGGCAGGGAGGCGCUAAUCUCGCCCUCGGAGCGCCGGCCUUGGCUCCCCUACGAUCCGGACGCGCUGCUACCGUCGCCCUUCGACGCCUUCCUGCUCAGCGGGGCGUGCCCGAGCAUCCCCUGGCGGCCGAGCGACCCGGUGCAGGAGCGGCAGCAAGUCUCGGCGUGCUACAUCGUGGGCUGCGGCAGGUCGGGCACCACCGUCUUCGGGGACGUACUGAGCGCUCACGAGGACAUCGUGUUCCUCAACGAGCCCAGGCGGCUGUGGGUCCCCGCCGUGCCCGCCCUGGACGUCUGGUCGGUGCGCGCGCCGGAGCGGCGGGGCAGGCUGGCCCUGCAGCCGCAGGACGCGCUGGCCGCCGUGGCCGCGGACGGGGGCCGCGGGAGCCAGACUUGGGUCGGGCAGUCCCUCUACAGGAGAGGCCUACCGAGAUAUGGCCAGCCUCGCCGCCGGCGCGAGGGAGCGCUGCGUCAUCCUGGAGAAGUUUCCGGAGCACGCCUUCCGGAUCCCGUUCCUGGGCGCCGUGGCCGCGGAGGGCCUGGGGCCCGGCCGCUGCGCCGUCGUGCACCUGCUGCGCGACGGCCUCGAGGCGUCGAGCAGGGGAUCGUCCGGCAGUGGCGAAGCGCCCUGGCUCGCCCAUAGGCCCGACUUAACCAUAGGCCCACCAGCGAAUGUUCUGAGAGCCCCUUGCGGUCUGCCCGACAUGGUCGGAGAACCGUUCUGGCUGGGACUGUCCUGUUCCAACACGGGUCGAACCUGUUUGGGUUCUGAGAACAUUCCGUGUUAGACUUGUAGGGAUGCCGGCACUGUCGGUCCCUGCUCAAGGAUCGACUACAGGAUUGGUUCACGAAACCACGUAGAAUGCUCGUAGAUCGUUCCACGUAUGUUUAGUAGAUUCGGCGCAGAAAUAAGUUCUGGGGAAAAUCAGUACUGUAGUCGAUCCCCUACUCGAAGGUGGCCCGAUCUGUGGCGCGAUUCGGGAGUUCGGCGGCCUGGUACGGCGUGAAGGGCGAGUGGAAGUGGCGCCAGUUGGCCCGCCUGCUGGAGGAGGCCCAAUUGCGUUACAAUUUUUUCGCAACGGGCGUUUUCGCUCAGUUUGGGCCUCGGCACCAUCACAGAUCGAUCCAGCUCGAAAGAACUGCGCAAGAAGACGGGGUCCAGGGCUC